AUGCUGGCCAAGUCGCUCGCUGUGUCCUCCGUCACCGCCCGCCGCUCGCUCGGGUCGAUUCGCGGCGUAGCUGGCGGCCGCAAUGUCUACAACUGGCGUGACCCAUUGCUGCUGCAAGAUCAGCUCACGGACGAGGAGGCCAUGAUCCAGAAAUCUGCCACGGACUACUGCCAAGCAAAGCUGCUGCCACGGAUUGUCGAAGCGAACCGAAAAGGCGUGUUUGAUCGCUCGAUUAUGAACGAAAUGGGCGACAUGGGUUUCUUGGGGCCCACGAUUGAGGGAUACGGCUGUGCAGGAGUGGGCUAUGUGUCCUAUGGCCUCAUUGCGAACGCUGUCGAGCGGGUCGACAGCGCGUACCGCUCGGCGAUGAGUGUGCAGUCAUCAUUAGUGAUGCACCCGAUCAAUACUUUUGGAUCGGAUGAGCAGAAGGAAAAGUACUUGCCCCGCCUCGCCGCGGGCGAAAUCAUCGGUUGCUUUGGCUUGACAGAGCCGAACCACGGAUCCGACCCCAGCUCGAUGGAGACGCGCGCUAGACUGACAGGAGACAAGUACGUGCUCAACGGAUCGAAGAACUGGAUUACCAACGCCCCGAUCGCCGACGUCUUCCUCGUAUGGGCCAAGGACGAUGAAGGUGACAUUCGUGGGUUUAUCCUCGAGAAGGACUUCCCCGGUCUAUCAGCCCCUUACAUCGAAGGCAAGGCGACGUUGAUGGCAUCUGCGACUGGCAUGAUUUUCAUGGAGGAUGUUGAGGUUCCAAAGGAAAACAUGCUGCCCAACGUGAAGGGCCUCAAGGGCCCUUUCACCUGCCUCAACAGUGCUCGCUACGGAAUCGCCUGGGGAGCGCUUGGUGCAGCAUAUUCGUGCAUGGACAUUGCUCGCCAGUACACCAUGGACCGCUCUCAGUUCGGCGCUCCACUUGCUGCCAACCAGCUCAUCCAGAAAAAGUUGGCGGACAUGAACACGGAAAUCACGCUCGGUCUUCAAGGAUGCCUGCAAGUCGGUCGUCUGCUCGACGAGGGGAAUGCUCCUGUGGAAUUAAUCUCGAUGGUCAAGCGCAACUCUUGUGGCAAGGCCCUCGAGAUUGCGCGCAAUGCGCGAGACAUGCUCGGCGGCAACGGCGUUUCCGACGAGUACCAUAUCAUGCGUCACGUGGUGAACUUGGAGGCCGUGAACACGUACGAAGGCACGCACGACGUGCACGCGCUGAUUCUCGGCCGUGCGAUCACAGGUCUCCCUGCUUUUGUGCCCCGCAUGGCGCCGUAG